CAGCGGGGUCUGUAUGUUUGCAGCUCCAGGAAGCGGUGAAUGGAGUGAAAGUGCAGCAGCGAGUUUUGGGAUUAAAUAGUGAAUAAUUAUCAGCAGUAGAUUAUUAUAUUCAGACUGCAGGUUUGAGUGAUUAAUAUUGUGACAGUGAUCAGAUGGAGUGGGAGAAGGGUGAGGGGGGUCACUCUCACGGGCACAUGAAUGAUGGUUGCCAUGGGCAUGGCGGGCACUCCCACAGCCACGGGCCGGGGGGCAUGGGGCACGGGUUCAUGCCCGGUUUUCACGGGCAGUUUGUCCAGAGGAGUGAGGCGAUGCGGGACCCCACACAGCAGCCCACCAAAUACUCCCACGCUGAUGACAGCAGCAGCUGGGACAUCAUCAAGGCAACACAGUUUGGAGCGCUGGACCGUUGUAAAGAGCUGAUUGAAGCUGGAUAUGAUGUCCGACAGCCGGAUAAAGAGAACGUUACUCUUCUGCACUGGGCAGCUAUCAAUAACAGAGCAGAUCUUGUAAAGUAUUACAUUGCUAAAGGUGCAGUUAUAGAUCAGCUAGGUGGAGACCUGAACUCCACCCCCCUCCACUGGGCUAUAAGACAGGGUCAUCUGCAGAUGGUGAUCCAGCUGAUGCGUUAUGGGGCUGACCCUUCACUGCCUGAUGGAGAGGGUUACCGGGGCCUGCAUCUCGCUGUCCUCUUCCAGCACAUGCCUAUAGCUGCAUACAUGAUGGCCAAAGGACAGGAGGUGGACUUACCGGACACGAACGGACAGACCUCUUUGAUGCUGGCUGCUCAGAAAAUCAUUGGGCCAGAGCCCACUAACUUCCUGCUGAAGUGUAAUGCAUCAGUGAAUGCAGUGGACAAGAUAAACAGGAACUCCCCUCUGCACUGCGCUGUGUUGGCGGGAAAUGUGGACGCGGUGCACAUUCUACUGGAGGCGGGAGCAAGCGUGGACCUGCAGAACACCAACGGUCACACACCGAUAGACCUUGCUCACCAGGUGCACAGUCCCCUGCUGAUCCACAUGCUGAACGUGGUGCAGAAAGAGCGCGUCAAAUCCAACUCACCCUGCCUGAGAGUGCUCAGCAAAUACCGGGUGUGCCUGCAGUGUGUGUUCAGUGUAUCUGUGGUGUGGGCUGUUGGAGCCAUCCUGGAUAUGAACUCUGAGUCGUGGCUACUGAAGGGUGUGCUGCUGGCAUGCGUCCUUGCUGUUAUCAACCUGACCUGCAGGCAGUGGGCAAAUGCAGCAGUGCAGGCUCUGAUUCCCUCCACAGCUCUCCUUGCAUCUGUAUUCUGGAUGCUAAUCACAUGGUACUUCUGGUUUUUACCUGAUGGUCCCAGUGCUACAGUGCAGGUUCUGUUUACACUGACUGGAACAGCACUGCUGUAUUAUUAUCUUAGAGCGUGUCGGACGGAUCCUGGCCUCAUCAGAGCCACAGAGGAGGAGAAGAAGAAGAACGUGGUGGUUCUGGCUGAAGCAGGUUGUCUGGACCCCAGAAUUUUCUGCACAUCAUGUAUGAUGAAGAAGCCAAUGAGAGCACAGCACUGCUUUAUCUGCAAUACCUGUGUUGCCAAACAGGACCAUCACUCUGUCUGGAUUAACGGCUGCGUCGGUGCCAGGAAUCAUCAUUUCUUCGUCAUGUUCCUGAUAACUCUGAACCUGCUGGGGAUCUGGAUGUUUUAUGGCAGUUUAAAGUACUGGAUGAAUCACUGCGCGGCGGUUUCAGAGCUGAGUCUGUGGGGGUUUGUGACUGGGCUGGUUGGAUGCUCUCCCUGGGUGCUCUACAUUUUCUGCCUGGCAUUUUUCCACACCGCCUGGGCCUCCAUUCUGCUCAUACACCAGAUAUACCAGGUGGCUUUUCUGGGACUGACGACCGCUGAGCGAGGGACUUUAAUGCGCAGUCAGAGGAACAUGCCUCAGACGUUCUCUCUCAGACAGAACCCGUUCAACCGUGGGGUUCUGAAGAACCUGGUGAACUUCUUCCAGCUGCGGUGCUGUGGUCUGUGUAAGCCGAUGGUGCUGGACUGGACGCAGGAGUUCCCAAUGGGCCUGAACCGAGACCACCCAAUGUUCAACAACAUGGACCCUGUCUGACCACCCACUGACCUCUGACCUGCUUUACCCUCAGUAGCCUUUCAGUGCAGUGGAGAAACGCCUGGAUCUGAUUGGUGCUUUCCUAAUCGUCCUCCGCCUGUGAGGAAUACAUAAGGAAAUGCAUCACCUGCCUAAACACUCAGAAAUAGUAAUGAAGUUCAUUUUUGCCUUAUAAACACUCUCAUAAAACAACUAUACACACACACACACACGUCUAAUGCAGACAAUUAGGCACCUCUGGUUAAAUUAUGUGUAAUAAAUUCAAAUACAGUACAAUUCUCUACAGAGACACAAGUUCACAGAUUAAUGUGUAAAAUGUGGAGAAAAUGGUAAAUAUCGUAUUCAAUCGUAUUUCCUUCAGAGGAUUUAUUUACACCAUAUUAUUAACAUGUCAUUUCACCAGGGAUGCACAUACAUUCACAUACGACUGUACGUACGAAUACGAUUGUUUCUAAAGAUAAAUAUAUGUAAACAGUGUGCAUAGAUAUAUGAUAUACUGCUAUAUUUUGAUCAGAAAUAUUUUGUAAGUGUUUAAACAGUUGAGUUUUUAUGUGUAUAUAAAUAUAAAUAACUCUGCAAGUGCUUUUUUAUAUCGAGCCCUUUGAUUUUUAUAUAUGGAAAUAAACCACUGCCUGCAAACUGAAGCAGAUCCCAAACUGGAGCCUUUUUUAUUUUUUUUUUAAUUACAGCUUCCAGAUGCAGAGUUUCUGCGUCUAAAAUUCAUGUGAUUUGCUCUUUAAAAUAAGGUUUGGCCUCUCUUUAAAGCUGUUCACUGAGCUCACUGAUUUUUACAGUAAUAUACUGAUUUCAGUAUCAAUUUUAAUAUAUUUUCAAUAUAUCAAAGUUUUCAGGACAUUUGUCCAUCCACUAGACAUUCCUAUUGAAACAGUUGUUUUACUUUUUAUGAUGGACAAAUGUUUUGUUUUGAACUGAACACAAAUUUACAUAUAAUUUGCCUCAAUUAAAAUUGUACUUGUUGACACUCCAGUAAAGACUUAAUUUUCCAUAGCGGUCACUGGUGGGCAGUGAUCCUUUAUUCUCAGCUCCAGUCUGACUGCAGCUCUCAGGCCUCACACUGCAGGAUUUCUCAGCCAGAUAGCUUAAAGCUGAACUCAAACCGAGCAGAAGAAAAUGAAGGGAAUAUUUCUAUUGGACAAUCUGUAUUUUGUAUUAUUUUUUAAUUAUUCAGAUAAACGCAGAAACAUGCUGUGAAAUGCAUUUUCCAGAAUGCAUUGGUCUGUGAAUUCUGACAGAGAUUUUUCUCACUUGUUUAUGCUGUUAUUUCACAAACAGGAAAACAGAUUUAUGCUAUGAUUCACAUUUAUUCUUGGAAUAAAACCAACUGUUUUUAUUA